GCAUGCCGGGCCGGCGGCGGGCGGUGCCUGUACUUCUAUCAUGGCGGCGGCCUUGGUCCCCUGUUUCUGGCUGUGGGCUGUGCUGCUUUUCCCUGCGGCCGCGGUCUACGAAGACCAAGUGGGCAAGUUUGACUGGAGACAGCAAUAUGUUGGGAAGCUCAAGUUUGCCUCCUUGGAAUUUUCCCCUGGAUUCAAGAAAUUGGUUGUGGCCACAGAGAAGAAUGUGAUUGCAGCAUUAAAUUCUCGCACUGGGGAGAUCUUAUGGCGCCAUGUUGACAAGGGCACGGCAGAAGGGGCUGUGGACGCCAUGCUGCUGCACGGACAGGAUGCAAUCACUGUGUCCAAUGGAGGCCGGAUCAUGCGUUCCUGGGAGACUAACAUUGGGGGCCUUAACUGGGAGAUAACCUUGGACAGUGGCAGUUUCCAGGCACUUGGGCUAGUUGGUCUGCAGGAGUCAGUGAGGUACGUCGCAGUCCUGAAGAAGACAACUCUUGCCCUUCAUCACCUCUCUAGCGGGCAUCUCAAGUGGGUGGAACAUCUCCCAGAAAGUGACAGCAUCCACUACCAGAUGGUGUAUUCCUAUGGCUCUGGGGUGGUGUGGGCCCUUGGAGUUGUUCCCUUCAGCCACGUGAACAUUGUCAAGUUUAACGUGGAGGAUGGAGAGAUUGUUCAGCAGGUCAGGGUUUCCACUCCAUGGUUGCAACGUCUUGCUGGUGCCUGUGGCGUGGUGGAUGAGGCUGUCCUGGUGUGCCCUGACCCAAGUUCUCGUUCCCUCCAAACUCUGGCCCUAGAGACAGAGUGGGAGUUGAGGCAGAUCCCACUGCAGUCUCUUGACUUAGAAUUUGGAAGUAGAUUCCAACCCCGGAUCCUCCCCACACAGCCCAACCCAGUGGAUCCUUCUCGGGCCCAGUUCUUCUUACAGUUGUCCCCAAACCACUACGUUCUGCUGCAUUACCAUCAUGGGGCCCUGAGUCUGCUUAAAAACUUCCCACAGACUGCCCUAGUGAGCUUUGCCACCACUGGAGAGAAGACGGUAGCUGCAGUCAUGACCUGUCGAAAUGAAGUCCAGAAACCUAGCAAUUCUGAAGAUGGGUCACUGGGGAGCUUUUCGGAGAAGUCUAGUCCAAAGGACUCACUGGCUUGCUUCAAUCAAACCUACACCAUUAACCUCUACUUAGUAGAGACAGGUCGGCGGCUCCUGGACACCACAAUCACAUUUAGCCUGGAACAGAGUGGCACUCGGCCUGAGCGGCUGUACAUUCAGGUGUUCUUGAAAAAGGAUGACUCAGUGGGCUACCGAGCCUUGGUGCAGACGGAAGACCAUCUGCUGCUUUUCCUGCAGCAGCUGGCAGGAAAGAUGGUGCUGUGGAGCCGUGAGGAGUCCCUGGCGGAGGUGGUGUGCCUGGAGAUGGUAGACCUCCCCUUGACUGGGGCACAGGCUGAGCUGGAAGGAGAAUUUGGCAAAAAGGCAGACGGCCUCCUGGGGAUGUUCCUGAAGCGCCUUUCAUCUCAGCUUAUCCUGCUGCAAGCCUGGACUUCGCACCUCUGGAAAAUGUUUUAUGAUGCUCGCAAGCCCCGAAGUCAGAUCAAGAAUGAGAUCAACAUCGAUACUCUGGCCAGAGAUGAAUUCAACCUUCAGAAGAUGAUGGUGAUGGUAACAGCCUCAGGCAAGCUUUUUGGCAUUGAGAGCAGCUCUGGCACCAUCCUGUGGAAACAGUAUCUACCCAAUGUCAAGCCAGGCUCCUCCUUCAAACUGAUGGUCCAGAGAACUACUGCUCACUUCCCUCACCCCCCACAGUGCACCCUGUUGGUGAAGGACAAGGAAACGGGAAUGAGUUCUGUGUAUGUCUUCAAUCCCAUAUUUGGGAAGUGGAGUCAGGUGGCUCCCCCAGUGCUGAAGCGCCCCAUCUUGCAGUCUUUGCUUCUUCCAAUCAUGGAUCAAGACUACGCCAAGGUGUUGCUGUUGAUAGAUGACGAGUACAAGGUUACAGCUUUCCCAGCCACUCGGAAUGUCUUGCGACAGCUCCAUGAGCUUGCCCCUUCCAUCUUCUUCUAUCUGGUGGAUGCAGAGCAGGGACGACUGAGUGGAUAUCGGCUUCAAAAGGAUCUUACCACUGAGCUGAGUUGGGAGCUAACCAUUCCCCCAGAAGUACAGCGCAUCGUCACGGUGAAGGGGAAACGCAGCAGCGAGCACGUUCAUUCCCAGGGCCGUGUGAUGGGGGAUCGCAGUGUACUCUACAAGAGCCUGAAUCCUAACCUGCUGGCUGUGGUGACCGAGAGUGCAGAUGUGCACCAUGAGCGCACCUUUAUUGGCAUCUUCCUCAUCGAUGGCGUCACGGGGCGCAUCGUCCACUCCUCUGUGCAGAAGAAGGCCAAGGGCCCUGUCCAUAUCGUGCACGCAGAGAACUGGGUGGUGUACCAGUACUGGAAUACCAAGGCUCGCCGCAAUGAGUUUACUGCACUAGAGCUCUACGAGGGAACCGAGCAAUACAACGCCACAGCCUUCAGCUCCCUGGACCGUCCCCAGCUGCCUCAGGUCCUCCAGCAGUCCUACAUCUUCCCCUCCUCCAUCAGUGCCAUGGAGGCCACCAUCACUGAGCGGGGCAUCACCAGCCGACACCUGCUGAUUGGGCUACCUUCUGGAGCAAUUCUAUCCCUUCCCAAGGCCUUGCUGGAUCCCCGCCGUCCUGAGAUUCCAACAGAACAAAGCAGAGAGGAGAACCUAAUCCCGUAUUCUCCAGAUGUACAGAUACACGCAGAGAGAUUCAUCAACUAUAACCAGACAGUUUCUCGAAUGCGAGGUAUCUACACAGCUCCCUCAGGCCUGGAGUCCACUUGUUUGGUUGUAGCCUAUGGUUUGGACAUUUACCAAACUCGAGUCUACCCGUCCAAACAGUUUGAUGUCCUGAAGGAUGACUAUGACUAUGUGUUAAUCAGCAGUGUCCUCUUUGGCCUCGUUUUUGCCACCAUGAUCACUAAGAGACUGGCACAGGUGAAACUCCUGAAUCGUGCCUGGCGGUAAAGACCAAAGACUCUGCCAGAGAGUGGAGAGCUGAGGUGGAACGUGGAUCAGAUGAGAACCUGCAGCUGCAGUUUGGCAGGUUGCUGGAGUAUGUGUCGGGUGCUCAUGUCAGAGAGAUGUGGGGAAGAACUUUUAGAACUUUUGGGAUAUACAUGGACAGAGACAGAACUCACUCUCAGCCAGGUAUCUCAGAGCAUCCUAAUGGACUUUCCCCUGAAAUCUGGAGGCUGCUGGGCUGUUUCCUUCCUCUGCUCAUCCAUGAAUGUUCCGUUUUUUUGUUUUUGCAGUUUUUGGCCAGGGCCGGGUUUGAACCCACCACCUCCAGUGUAUGGGGCCGGGGCCCUACUCCUUUGAGCCACAGGGGCCGCCCUGUUCUGUUUUUGUUUUAAGACCUCGAACAGAUUUUUCUCUUUUGUGAGGCCUGCUUCAGUUGGUCUAGUUUGCCUUCUGUGUUUACCCGUUUUAUCUAGAAAUCUUUCUGACUUUUCCCCUGUGUCUUGCUUCAAAGUCAGGGAACUUUCCUUGCCAACUCCACCUUAUAGGUGCAUUUGCUGUUUGACAUCAGGGAGAAAUAGGAUCCGUCCCUAGCUAAGGUUUUUUUCUCCAGUCUAACUUAGGGGUGAGGAAUCUGUACGUGGUGUCAAAACAAAUUUUAACUAAACCUGUGGUUUGCUGUCAUUGUUAGGCUGCAUUCCCCCUAAUCUGUGUUUCAAUUUUUUAGAAGCCAAGUCCAUAAUAACAUCUUGGUUUGUUGGUGAUUGAUUAUACUUUUUACCUGACAUAUGUCAGGUCCAAGGCCUUUUAAAAACUACCUGAAUUAUCUGAACUUUGAAGAGAUUUCUAGGGAGGAGACAUAAUCUCAUUUCACCCACAGGCUGGUCUAGUCAUAACCUAGUUGAGAAAGAUGUCCUUGUUUAAGAACCCCAUUAUUUAUUUUUAGUUUUAGAUAUAAAUUAACAUUUUGGGUCAUUAUGUUUAUCUUUAAAUGAGGAGAUUUUAUAUCUAAUCUUUGAAGCUUUAAGAGAACAGGGGCAGGAGUAGCAGGAGGAAUAUGGGGAUGUGGUAUUGCUGACUGCUGCGUCUCUGCCACCAGUUAAAGAAAUCCUUGGCCAGGUGACCUAUAAUCCUACCACUCUGGGAGGCUGAGGCGGGUGGAUUGCUUGAUCUCACAGGUUUGAGACCAGCCUGAGCAAGAGUGAGACCCUAUCUCUACUAAAAAUAGAAAAACUGAGGCAAGAGGAUCGCUUGAGCCCAAGAGUUGGAGGUUGCUGUGAGCUAUGAUGACACAGCACUCUACCCAGGGCAACAGCUUGAGACUCUGUCUCAAAACAAAGAAAUCCUAAAAAUUUUCACUUGCUCCUGGAUUUGGGGAAUGAUGGUGUUUUUCUUUACUGUGAAACAUGAAAUGUUCAGAGUAGAUCUUCUCUAGCCCUGUGGUGUGAAAGGUACCUUCAAGUUUCUGAAUAAAGAAAAUGUUCAAUGACACUGACUUGAGUCUUUUUAGUGUGUCUGAGGAAGAUCACUUUGAGGCUUCUUUCAUAUUAGGGGGGAAAAGCAGUGCCAAAAUGGAAUUAGUAAGGAGGCAUGCCAAUUUAAUCAUAUACAAGUGGGUCUAGGUUAUUUUAUUUUAUUAUUUUGUUUUUGAGACAGUUUCAUUUUGUUGCCCUUGGUAGAGUGCCGUGGCGUAAUAGCUCACAGCAACCUCUAACUCUCAGGCUCAAGGGAUUCUCCUGCCUCAGCCUCCUGAGUAGCUGGGAAUGCAGGCGCCCGCCACAACAUCCAACUAUUUUUAGAGAUGGGGGUCUCGCUCUGGCUCAGGCAAUCCACCCGAUUCAGCCUCCCAUAGUGCUGGGAUUACAGGCGUGAGUCACUGUGCCCGGCCCCUGCUCUAGGUUAUAUUAAAUCAAUUUUUUCCAUCUUUCUGUGGUCAUAUGCUGAUGGAAGAGAGGGAAGAAAAGUGAUAAUCAUUUUACUUUAGUAAUAUAAUUAUCAAUUUGAUAUUAAUGAGUGAAUAUCUCAGCAUCUCUAGAAACAACUGACAUCUAUUCCACCCUAACCCGAGUGUAUUUUAUUUAACGAGACCUGAGAGAAUGGAAUAAGUACAAGUUACACAAAUUCUGUCUUAGUUUUGAGAAAGCCAGGCUGGAAUUUUGACUGUUUGAUACAAAUAUCUGCAGACUACAUUGUAAACUAUUGUCAAGCUGCCAGUUCUGCUUGACCAGCCCAAUUAAUCUGCAAGAUUAUUUUCAUUUACUUUUGUGCCAAAAUCUGAAAGAACAAACUGAUGGGGGGGUGGUAAUUAUCUCCCUUGUUGUAAAAUUCCCUGUAUUUGGGCUGUUACCAUUUUACUGAAAGUUAUCUCAAAACAGGUGCUUAAAACAGCUAAUGCUAAUGCCAUAGUUAAGUCUGAGUCUUGUCUUAGUUAUCAAUUGUCCUUAAUUUUGCUCAGAACCACGUAGUAUUUGGUUCUGAGCAACUGUGCUCAGCCUCCACCUAGGGCCCCUGAGACUAUGUUUCCCUUUUAAUUCUCGAUCUAUUUGUUUUCCUUUCUUUCGCUUUUUCUUUUCUUUCUUUUUCUUUCUUUCUUUCGCUUUUUCUGUGCAUAUCCCUGGAGCCAUCUCUUCCCUUGUCUUCAUCAAUUAGGUUAAUUUGGGGCCCCUACAAUGUUUCACUUACAAGGGGAGAGUCCUUGGAAUUUUCCAGGCCUUUAUAAGUUUGUCUUCACUAGAUUGUAGCUUGUGAAUUAUCAGUAAGAUGAAAAAUGUAAGGAUUUGCUCAAACCUCAUUCUAGUCAAAGUUUUAGGAAGCUUUGGUCUUUCAAGCAAAGGGUCAGGUGACCAGUAAUCUAAUGAGACUUUUUUUUUUGUUUGUCCCAUCAAUAACAAUAAACUGAGAAAGGUUUUUUUUUUUGCAGUUUUUGGCUGGGACAGGGUUUGAACCUGCCACCUCCAGCAUAUGAGGCUGGCGCCCUACUCCUUUGAGCCACAGGCACUGCCCUAAACUGAGAAACUUUUAAAUCCUAGUGGUAACUUCUGUCCAUGGUAAAGUUUUAGCACAGUUUUUAUUGUUCCAUUUGGUGGUGGUAUAAAUUGGUUUGAGAAGCAAUUAAAUAAAAAAUCAUUAUCAAAAAGUAAAUCUGUCACUUCACUGAUACUCUGUGAGUCACUAAGUUCAACAAUUGCACCCACAAUAUUUGUAUAAUCCUCCAAAGUUGGUGUAACAUUGUUUUAAAUCCAUUCUUCUUCAAAAUCUUUCAUUGUCAGAUUCCAUUACAUUUCUUUUUUGCCAUUUUCAUGGUCUAAUAUCAUAACUACCUUCCAAUAAACUAUCAUUUUCCAGAUCACUACAAAGUUUUUUUCUUUUUUUUAAGAUGGAGUCUCACUUUGUCACCCUUGGUAGAGUGCUAUGGUGUCAUAGCUCACUGCAACCUCGCGCUCCUAUGCUCAAGCGAUCCUCUUGUCUCAGCCUUCUAAGUAGCUGGGACUACAGGUGUGUGUCACCACAAUGCUCAGCUGGUUUUUCUAUUUUUGGUAGAGAUGGGGUCUCGCUCUUGCUCAGGUUGGUCUUUUAACUCCUGAGCUCACACAAUCCACCUGUCUCAGCCUCCCAGAGUUCUAGGAUUACAGAUAUGAGCCACUGUGCCCGGCCAUAUUCAUUUUGAAUAUAUAUAAAUCAUCUGUAUAUAAUUCGUUGAAAAAUUUUUCACUGUCAUGAUCUGUCAUGGUUGAAAUUUUUGCAACACUAGGAUGAUGAAACCUGAGUAUCUAGAAAAAAAAAUUUUUUUUUUUUUGAGAAAGUGUUUUACUGUGUCGCCCUUGGUAGAGUACUGUGGCAUCACAGCUCACAGAAAACUCAAACUCUUGGGCUUAAGUGAUUCUCUUGCCUCAGUGUCCCAAGUAGCUAGGACUAUAGGCAGCCGCCACAAUGCCCAGCUAUUUUUUUUUUUUUGAGACAGAGUCUCACUGUAUCACCCUUGGUAUAGAGUUCCAUUGUGUCACAGUUCACAGCAACCUUGAACUCCUGGGCUCAAGCAAUUCUCUUGCUUCAGCCUCCCAAGUAGCUAGGACUACAGGUACCUGCCACAAUGCCCAGCUAUUUUUUUGUUGCAGUUGUCACUGUUGUUUGGCUGGCCUAGGCUGGGUUCAAACAUGCCACUCUUGGUGCAUGUGGCUGGUGCUGCAACCACUGUGCUAUGGGCGCUGAGCCCCAGCUAUUUUUUUGUUAUUGUUGCAGUUGUCGUUGUUUAGCAGGCCUGGGCUGGGUUCCAGCCCACCUGCCUCGGUGUAUGUGGCUGGCGCUCUAACCACUGAGCUUGGGCGCCAAACCGAAACAUAAUUUUUUUAUAUAAUAAAGAGAACAUGACUGAAUAUGAUCAAGAAAGCUUUUACAAUAUCCUACAUUAUCCUGUGUUUUAAAAAUUUCAAUAGCUAAUGCUAACACAAACACAUUGACCUGUCUCUACUGGUCAACAAUGUGUUUAACAUACAAGAUCUUUUGGCAUAAAAGUUUGGAGCCUAAAUAGGACUUAAGGAUACUCAGUCCCUGUUAAAUACAAUGUAAAAUUAUUUUUGGCUUUUAUUGAUUUUUUUCUUAGCCUUUGACUUGGGAUAAGACUCAAUUCUUGUGGAACAUGCAUGAAUUAAACAUAGAAUUCCGGCCAGGUGCCUUGGCUCACACCUAUAAUCUUAGCAAUCUGGAAGGCCAAGGUAGGUGGAUUGCUUUAGCUCAGGCAUUUGAAACCAGUCUGACCAAGAAUGAGACCCCAUCUCUAUUAAAAAUAGAAAAAUUAGCUGGGCAUCAUGGCGGGCACCUGUAGUCCCAGCUACUAGGGAGGCUGAUGAAGGAGAAUCACUUGAAUCUCAGAGUUUGAGGCUGUUGUCAGCUAUGAUGCCACAGCACUCUCUACACAAAGUGACAGAGUGAGAGCGUCUCAAAAAAAUAAGACAAAAAUAAAAAACUUUUUUUUUUUUGCAGUUUUUAGCUGGGGCUGAGUUUGAAGCCACCACCUCUAGCUUAUGGGGCCUGCGCCCUACUCCAUUGAGCCACAGGCACUGCCCAACUUUUUUUUUGAGACAGAGUCUCAUUGUGUUACCCUCGGUAGAGUGCCAUGGUGUCACAGAUCACAGCAACCUCAAACUCUUGGGCUUAAGGGAUUCUCUUGCCUUAGUCUCCUGAGUGGCUGGGACUAUAGGUGCCCACCACAAUGCCUGGCUUAAAAUAAAAAAAUAAAUAAAUGAAUAAAUAAAAUAAAAAUUAUUUUAUUUUUAUUUUAGAGACAGAGUUGAUGGUGCUACUCUUGACUCCUGUACUCAAGUGAUCUUUCCUCUUCUUCUUACUAGUUGGGACUACUGGCAUGUACUGUCAUGCCCAGCUAAUUUUUAAACAUUUUUUAAGAGAUGGGAGUCUCCUUAUACUGCCCAGGAUGGUUUCGAAUUCCUGACCUCCAGUGAUCAUCCUGCUUCACCUUCUUGAGUAGUUGGGAUUACAGGUGCAAGCCACUGCACCUAGGCUUGUCCUAUUUUUCUACUUGAAACAAAUGUUCACAUGAUCAAUACAGGGACAUAAGUUGCGUGGCACCAUAAUUUCUGUUAUAAAAGGGAAAAGUAUUGGCCGGGCACAGUGGCUCACGCCUGAAACUCUUCUGAUACAACUUUGAUCUUGUGUAAGUUAUUUGAUUAAGCUGGAUUAGUAUAUCUAAGUUUCGUUUUGUAGAAAUUGUGAUUCAGGCACUUAUUAAUUCACAUUGUCUAUUACUGAACACCCUUGCAAAUUUGGAUGUUCACUUUACUAUAUUGAUUUUUAAAAAUUUCAAUCUUGCUUUUCCCUUACUUGGUUUCCUAUAAAUCUUGCUUCCUGUUAUUCUGUAAAAUUGACAUUCGAUUUUAGUCCUUGCCAAUUACCAAAAUUAUGUUUUCUCUUAAAGCAAGAAGACUGGGAGGCACAUUUUCUUUUAAAUUCAUACCAUAUGAAAUACAAUAUUAUGGGAAAAAAUCAAUACUUGUUUCAUAUUACUACAUUAAAUUAGGCUUCUAAUCUGAUUCUUUAUAAUCUUGGUAGUCUGGGAAAAAAAUUUUUUUAUGAAUUACCAAAAAGGAGCUACUCUCCAUUUCCAGUUUUCAUUAUUGUACUAGGAGUUUCCACAAAAUAAGCACUGAGUACUUGUUCUUGUAACUUUGUUAAAGCUUGAGAACAGACUGACUUUUGUUGGCCCCUGGGAACUAACACCUAAGGUUUAUUUAUUUAAUUGUAUCCAAAACCACUGUAACUAUAUUGCUUAUUUCAAGCAACUCUGUGUCAGAUGGACUUUUUUGGAAAUAAAGAUGCCAGUAUCUCUUA